AUCCACUUCUGUUCAACUAUGAUCGAGACGGUGGUCUCCACGACGACAACCAUCGCUCACACCGUGUUUGAUACGCUGCAGAGUUGGUGGAAUGGAGACCAAGUGGACGACACACUGUCACUGGAGGUGGUUGAGCGCAAGCCCGAAGUCGGGUCUCCAAAAGGGAUCGACGACAUUUUGGAGGAGAACAACCGACUCAAACGCAUGCUCGAGUUCGCCAUGACCUCCCAUGUCAUAAUGAACGAGGCCACCACGAUGCUUGAGGACAGCGCCGACCUCUGGAUGAAGCAGGCCGAGGAUGCCGUUGGUGCCAAGGUGCACGAGGCGGAGCAAGAGCGAGACGCACUUGCACUUCAACUUGAAGGUCUUCAGGAA